GCAACAGAGGGUGAACAUCUGUUAAAACAUUCCCAUUUUCCACAGACUAAAGGGGGUUGAGAAGAUCAACAGUUCUUGAAAGGAAGGAGGAGAAGAGGAAGGGAUGUAUAAGACAAGUUACUUGCAUGAAGUGCGCAAGGAAAAAUAUGAACGGUCAGACACUUUUGUAGAUCAAAAAAACCCAGAAGUGUCCAGCUUGGGGUCUGCUGUUCAAGGAUGGGAAAGUUUACAAGAGCUAAAUGACCGGUUUGUCAAGUACAUCAACCGGGCCCGAGUGCUGGAACAAAGGAAUGUUGUCUUCAGAAAGCAGCUGGAGACUCUUCAAAGGAUGGAAGAGCUCUCUGGCUUGGAGGAAGCCUUCACUGACCAAAUUGGACUCAAUCGCCUGAAGAUACGGGAGUUGUCUGCAGAUCGUUCCAAGCUGCAAAGAGAGCUGAAGGAUGCGGAGCGCAUGCUGGAUGAGUUUCAAAACAAAUACAGGAAUGAAUGUGAAUAUCAGCAGCAGCUUCGAGGAACACUGGAGCAGUUUAACAAGGAGGCUGAUGCUGCUUUGCUAGAGAACCUGGAACUACAGAUACAAUCUCAGUUUCUGCAGGAUGAUAUAAAUGCCACUAAAGACAGACACAAAAAGAACCUUGUUGAAAUUCAAACCUAUGUCAACAUUCUCCAACAAAUCAUCCAAACUACCCCCCGUGUGCCAAAUAUAAUCGAGGGAAUAUCUGAGGGCCAAGAGAAGCUGCUAGCUCAAAGAAGAGUGCCUUCCCUGCAAAGCCAGCUGGAAGAAUACAAGAGUGCCCUCUGUCAGUUACAGACCCAGAAGCAGAGACUGCAAACUGAGACUUCAGUGUUGGAACAGGCCAUCAAGAAUACGCAGGAGAGUUACGAUGAUGACAUUCAGUUGUACAACGAGCAGAUUGAAGGUCUCCGCAAAGAAAUAGAAGAGACCGAGAGGACCUUGGAAAAGUACACAGACGAAUGCCGACACCUGGCCAUGUAUCGAAUAUCUUUAGAAAAUGAACUUGACAGAUACAAGAGAAUCAUUGAGAACGAAGACAACAGGUUGAAUUCAGCAAUAAUUGGGACUCCUAUAACCUUGUUUACAACCAAUUAUCGAUACAGCAACACCCCCUCAAGCACGACAAGAGGGAAAGAUAUCACCCAGACUGUCCAAGAAAUCACAAGUGCUAAACCCAGGCAGAAAAGCCUUGCCAAAAAGGUCCUGAAAAAAAAGGAAAUCACCACAAAAGAUGUGACAGACAACAGUGCUGAACAGAAAACUGGAGAUCCAAGAGAAGAGGGAGAAGAACAUGUUGACGAGGAAGAGGUUAGAAAAGAAGAACAUGGGAUGCUGUAUCAGGACAUUGCACAAGAAGAUGUGCCAGAUGGAGCUCAGAUCAGCAAAGCUUUUGAUUCACUGUGUAACAUCGUGAGGGACAGAAUGCGAAGAUACAAGAAGCCAGAGCCCAUUGCAGAUUUCUACACUAAGGGGCGCUACGUGCUUGUGACAGGCGAAGCGAGCUACGUAGACCCAUUCUUCUGUCCAUCUAGUCCUUCCAGUGGUCAGAUCAUUGUUAAGAUCCAGAAUGAUCUGAUGCCUCCUGAUGAUCUUUAUAAGGCUGGUGACAAUGGAAAACCCACUCCCCCCUUACCAAUGCCACCGAAAAAUGGAAAAGGUGAGGAAAUGGAGGAUGACGAGGGAAAAGGAAGGGAUGUAAAUAGUGGAAUACAUAAUAAGACAGGAAGCAAUGGGGAUCAACCGAAGCCAACAAGCUUUGAAGACCCAGGACCAGGGCCUUGCCCAGGACCAAGCCUACCACCUAGACAUCCACCCAGACCACGCAGUAGGAACAGGAAAGAAAACAACCAUGAUGAUCAGAACAGGAGCGGCAUGUCUACUUUGCACCCAACGCCCCCACCAAGAACCAACCCACCAGCUGAUUCUAUGAGCUAUGAAAAAGUGGAGGUGGUUGAAUCUGUGGAAAAGCUUUCAGAGGAUGAUAAAUUUCAGGCCUAUGAGGAGACUGCAAUGAUUGUGGAGACCAUGAUUGAGAAGACAAGCAAGAAGAAACAUGGAGACAAAAAUUCCUAAUUUGCCAGUUGUUCUUUUUGCGACAGUGGUUGUAUACUUUCAGGUGCUGUUGUGCUUCACAUUUAAGAAAUUUGACCUUUACUGUCUGAUAAACCUGGGGAAAGAAGAUGCCGUGUGUAAUGCUAUGGAGCACAGAUUCCCAUCUUAAAUAGAAUUUCUCCUGGAAAAUGUUAGACAGUAUUGAACUGAUUGAAAUUGAAUGACCCAUACAGUAUAUAAUCAGCUUUCAGUUUGCAAAAUUGGGUUACAGUGAUUAACCUGCACACAGUUUUGCUGUGUAUUAAAGAGAUUUAAUAAAAUCA